ACCUUUUAACAUGACCUGAAAGACAAGAAAUAAAAAAUAAAAACUUUCAACCAAAACCCUAACACAGAUCAAAAUUCGGAAGCAGAACUCUGCAAUUAAAAGGAAAUGGAAGAAUCACAAGAGAGAGAAGAGUACAGUCUUGUUGCUAGAAAACCCUAUUUUGGAUUACCAACCGCUUGCCCAAUUUGCUUACCUGUUUACAUCUAUCUCAAGUUAGCUCGCUUCCCUUUUCGAUUCGACUUCAAUUCUACUUACCCUGAUUCAGAUCAAAUUCCGUAUGUUGAAUGUGGUACUUAUGUGGCCUACAAUAAUGAAAAUGGCGGGGUUAUUCAACGUCUAAAGGAAGAUGGUGUAGCUAACUUGGACUCCGAAUUCUGCUCAGUUCCAGAAUGGGUAUCAAUGGAAGCAAUGGUUAGCUCAUGGCUGGCUGAUGCAAUCACAUAUGAUCUCUGGUUGGGCUCUGGUGGCAGUUCUGCUGUCAAGAUUUAUUAUUCUGACCUUCCUUGGGUAAUAGGGAAAGCUCUGUUUGCUAAGCAAGUAUAUACUGUUAAGCAGCGACUUGGGAUAACAAAAGAAAAUGCAGAACGAAGGGAAGAAGAGAUUUAUAAGAGAGCAAAAAUUGCAUAUGCCGCGUUGUCAACCAGAUUAGGGGAAGAUGAGUUUCUUUUUGAGAAUCGGCCGUCAAGUUUGGACGCAUUGUUCCUAGCGCAUGUGCUUUUCACUCUUCAAGCUUUACCUGAAACAUCAGUUCUUCGGCAUGCGCUUGUAGAGCAUGCUAAUCUCGUAACAUAUGCUGAAAAACUGAAGACAAAUUUCUUGGAAGCGAGCUCAUCUUCUUCUGCCCCACCACUCCAAUCAGACUCUUCAUCAACUCCGAGGAGAGGUCCUUCAAAUUCUGGUUCAAAGCCGAGGAGAAAAGCGAAGAAGGAAAAGACAGAAGAGGAGAAAACAUUUAAAAGAAGGGCAAAAUUCUUUGUGGCAGCUCAGGCAGUUGCGAUACUACUUUUUCUUUCUGUUAUCGGAGGACGUAAUUUGUCCGACGACGAGGUGGGCGAUGAUAGUGAAGACUAUGGUUAUGACUGAAAAAGGCAUUAUUCCUAUGAGUUGUGUUAAUAUCUUCCCUCAUCAAUGGCCUGGUAACGAUAAACGGCAUCAAGUGGAUGUUUUCUUUUUGAAUAAUUUUCAUUCACAGUCCAUGGGAGUUAUAAGUUUAUAACAGCAAAGUCAUGUGUAACGUCAAUUUUUACUUUAACUCGAACAGAAAAAUGAUUAUAAAAAAAUCAAAUUUUAAUUCUGCAA